AUGGAGGUUAGGUCUGAGAAUGUACAGUUGAGGUGUGAUAAACUUCCAGGUCAAGUGAUUCCGAGGAUUCGAUUGCAGGUGUGGUUUAUUAGGGUUUGUUCCAGCAUUUUGAUAUGGACAUGUGUGGUUCAGCUCCUCACAGUGGGCGAGCUCUGGCAUCCACAUAUAUCUAAUUGGUUCACUGGGUUGGCGAGAUUAACUGUCCAUGUUGAAGAGGUCAUUGCAUCACCUCCGCCUCUCCUUCUUGCAAUUGAGAAAAUAGCUUACUUGGAAGUUUUCGGAGCUACAACAACUGCGGUGGUGGCCGGUGACAAUGCUCGCAAUGAAAGGAAGGGGAAGAGAAAGAGAGGUGGGGGGAUCUAG